AUGUCCAAGUACGGCGUCAUGGUUAUGGGCCCGGCCGGAGCCGGCAAGUCCACCUUCUGCGCCUCCCUCAUCACCCACCUGAACCUCAAUCGCCGCUCCGCCUUCUACGUCAACCUCGACCCGGCCGCCGAGUCCUUCGAGCACGCGCCCGACCUCGACAUCAAAGACCUCAUCUCCCUCCACGACGCCAUGGAAGAGGUCGGCCUCGGCCCCAACGGCGGCCUCAUCUACUGCUUCGAGUUCCUCAUGGAGAACCUCGACUUCCUCACAGAGGCCCUCGACAACCUCACAGAGGAGUACCUCAUCAUCUUUGACAUGCCGGGCCAGAUCGAGCUCUACACCCACAUCCCCAUCCUGCCCGCCCUCGCCCGCUUCCUCUCCCAGCCGGGCAGCCUCGACAUCCGCCUCUGCGCCGCCUACCUCCUCGAAGCCACCUUCGUCGUCGACCGCGCCAAAUUCUUCGCCGGCACCUUGUCGGCAAUGUCCGCCAUGAUCAUGCUCGAGAUCCCCCACAUCAACGUCCUCUCCAAAAUGGACCUCGUCAAGGACCAGGUCCGCAAAAAGGACCUCAAGCGGUUUCUCACGCCCGACACGGGCCUCCUCGACGACGAUCCCAUCUCCAUCGCCGCCGCGGGCGGCGAGCCCGACGACGGCCGCGGCGAGGUGCACGACCGCGACCUCGUCAUGCGCGGCCGGAGCUUCCAGAGGCUCAACCGCGCCGUCGCGGGCCUGAUUGAGAGUUUCAGCAUGGUCAACUACCUCAAGCUGGAUAACACGGACGAGGACAGCGUCGGCGCGAUCCUGAGCUACGUGGAUGAUAUCAUCCAGUACCACGAGGCGCAGGAGCCAAAGGAGCUCAAGGACGAGGAGUUUGACGAGCCGCAAGACGAUUGA